AUGGAGGGCAGCAGCCUAGAACGGUGGCGUAUCACGACGAGCCCGUCUGAGGCGACGGCGGCGGAAACCACCAGCGAGUACCUGUGGGGCGAGCGGAAGUGGAACCGAACCAGCCUCUGGAAGCGCUGGCGGUGGAAAGCGGGCCGGAUCCUCGGGGCCACGGAGUGGAAUCGGCUACUAGUAUGCUUUUAUUUACUCGCGGUGCUCUGCUGUGUGGCCGCACAACAAGGAGGCGCCUCGGACGUGCUUUCGGGUUCGUCGACGGCAAACAACCUGGUGGACACUGGGGCCGUCAUUACGAGCCAGGGAAAAGUAUGCUCCAGUGUGGACGUCCGGAACCUGCCAACGCACCUGGAGCGACUCAAAGACUGUCGAGUGGUGGAGGGUUUUGUGCAAAUUAUGCUGAUCGAUAAGUAUAAGGACGACAGCUUCGACAACUACUCGUUCCCGCUGCUGACGGAGAUUACCGGGUACUUGAUGAUGUUCCGCAUCAACGGCCUGCAAACGCUCGGUCAGCUGUUCCCGAACCUUACCGUCAUCCGGGGCACCGAACUGGCCAACAACUAUGCCCUCGUCAUUUACGAACUGAUGCAUCUGAAGGAACUGGGCCUCACAUCGUUGGUCCACAUCGAACGGGGUGGCGUCCGGAUCGAGAAGAAUUCCAAUUUAUGUCACGCGGGCACGAUCGACUGGAAUGAAAUUGCUCCGAAAGGUGACAACUACAUAAACUCAAACCAAAACGCAAACGAGUGCACUACCUGUCCGAGUAACGUCACCAGCACGCUGUCCGACGGGAGCACGGCGUUGAUCAAGUGUCCCCAGCGGGACGCGAAUCGCAUCACACACGCUCCAAAAGAAAGUUACCUGUGCUGGUCGAACAAACACUGCCAACAAAAGUGUCCCGCCGAGUGUCCACCAAAGUCCUGCACGGAAACGGGCGCGUGCUGUAGCAGGCAUUGCGUUGGCCGGUGCGCCGGUGUCAACGGGACGGAGUGUAUGGCUUGCACGAAGUAUAACUACGUGGACGCCGGGGGCCAUGUUCGGUGUGUGAACGAGUGUCCCAAGCACUACUUUCUGUUCAGCCAAAGCCGUUGCGUGACGGCCGAGGAGUGCUACAAAUUGUACAAACCGCUACAGCGGACGUCGGAGAGUACGGAGGAUUUCCCGUACAUUCCGAUACGGGGCGAGUGUCGGCUCGAGUGUCCGGAAGAUUUCACGAUACAGCGCAACCCGGCGACCGGGCGGCGCGAGUGCGUACCCUGCAAUGGCCAGUGUCGCACGGAGUGCAACAGCAUGGUGAUCGAGAGUAUCUCGCAGAUACAGCAGCUCCGCGGCUGUACCAUCAUCAAGGGGUCGCUCUCGAUACGGCUGCGGCAGCUCGGUGGAGAGAACGUUGUGCGCGAGCUACAGAAUGUGCUGCAAACGAUCGAGGAGAUCGACGGGUAUCUGACCAUCAUCCGCUCGUACGCCCUGAUGUCGCUAGGAUUCUUCAAGAAGCUGCGAGUGAUCCACGGCAACACACUGAACGCAAACAUCUCUCUGAGCGUGCUGGACAAUCAGAACCUGCAGGAACUGUGGAAUCAGGACGUGGAAAUUAAGCGGGGCAACGUGAUGUUCAACGGUAAUCCGAUGCUGUGCGUGAAAAAGAUUACCGAGCUGAAGAAAAACUUUGGCCCCUCGGUGAAGAUCGAGAACGAGGAUCAGCUGCACAAGAGCAACGGCGUGCGGAUGGCGUGCGAGAUCGUGAAGCUGGCGACGAGCACGACGAAAAUCUCGCUCGACACGGCCAUCAUCCAGUGGGAACCGUUCAAGGAUUUGCCCGACAUGCGCCAGCUGCUCGGGUACGUCGUGUACUACAUUGAAGCGCCGCACCAGAACGUGACCUUCUACGAUGGGCGCGAUGCGUGCAAUUCGGAGGGCUGGCGUGUCGACGACGUGCCGAACUGGCAGGAAAAGGGCGAAAGCAGCCACAUCCUGACGCGGCUGCAACCGUACACCCAGUACGCGUACUACGUCAAGACGUACACGCUGUCGUCGGAGAAUAUGGGCGGCCAGACGGAUAUUACGUACUUCACUACGGCACCGGGCCAACCGCGGAUGGUACGCAACCUGCAGGUCGUCGCCGAAAAGAGCUCCGUGUCGAUCAAGUGGGAAGAACCGAUCAAGAUGAACGGCAAACUGACCGAGUACCGGGUCAGUGCGACCCUGAACGACGAGAAGAACGACAUGAUCAACCAACGCAACUACUGUGACCAUGAAAUUGAGAAGCCCACAACGAAGCCAAAUAUCACACCCCAAUCGCCGAUCGGCACGACGCCCGCUCCGCCCAAAGAAAGCAGCCAGGUGUGCUCCGUCGAGGAGUGUGCGUCGUUCUGUCCGGCCGGUGGGUCGAGCGGGAUGGGCCAGCACGUCAUCGACGCCAACGACAUCGAGAUGUCGAUCAACUUCGAGGACUGGUUGCACAACUAUGUGUACAUCAAAAAUACGAAAGCAACCAGCCGGAAGCGACGCCACAGCGAUGACCUGGUGGUCAGUGCGAACAAUUCGUAUCUGUUUCCAAAGAACACCGAGAACGUGUCGCAACCGACACCGACGGUGGUCAGCAACGAGCAGGUGGCGGGAGAAUCGUACUAUCGCAGCCUGACCGAUUCGACCAACAUGACCAACAUCACGUUCCCGUUGGGCAUGUUCAAGCACUCGGCCCUGUACCAGAUCAAUGUGGUCGCGUGCCGCGAGAAGGCCGCCAAGGUGAACAACACGUUCGUGGUGGACGACGCCAUCACCUUCUGUGGGCCACCGCAGCUCAUCUCGUUCCGGACGCCGCGCCUGCUCGAGGCGGACAAUAUCCCGGUCGGGUCGAUCCAGCUCGAGGAGCAGUCGAACACGACGCAACGCGUGGUGCGGGUCCAGUGGAAGGGGCCGGCCAAACCGAACGGGGUGGUCGUGUCCUACUCGAUCAAGUACCAGCGGCUUGACCUGGACUCGGUGCAAGCCAUCACGCGGUGUGUCACCGUGCACACGUUCAACCGGACCGGCUACUUUCUGCUGACGAAGCUGGAAGCCGGCAAUUACAGUGUGCGUAUCAUGGCCACGACGACGGCGGGCGACGGGCUGUACUCGGUGGAGAAGUACAUCUAUCUCGAGAAGCGAGAAUCGGAGUCCUCCUGGGCGAACUGGCUGAUCGCGCUCUUGCUGACGGUGGUCUUCGUUGCAAUCCUGCUCAUCGGCGUGUACUUCGUGCGCCAGAAGUAUCUGCCGAUGUCGAACAUGCGCCUGUUUGCGCACGUCAAUCCGGAUUACGCCGGUGUCACGUACAAGGUGGACGAAUGGGAGGUGCCGCGGGAGCACAUCAUUCAGCUGGAGGAGCUUGGCCAGGGCUCGUUCGGUAUGGUGUACAAGGGUAUCGUCACGAAGCUGGGCACCGACGCGAACAUACCGUGCGCCAUCAAAACGGUCAACGAGAGUGCCACCGAGCGGGAGCGCGAAAGCUUCCUGAUAGAGGCUACGGUCAUGAAGGAGUUCAACACGCAUCACGUGGUCCGGCUGUUGGGCGUCGUUUCGAUUGGUCAGCCCACGCUGGUCAUCAUGGAGCUGAUGGCGAACGGGGACCUGAAGAGCUACCUCCGGCGGCACCGUCCGGACUACGAGAACGGCGAGGAGUUGUCACCGCAGCCGCCAACGUUGAAGCAGAUCUACCAGAUGGCGAUCGAGAUCGCGGACGGGAUGGCGUAUCUGGCGGCGAAAAAGUUUGUCCACCGCGAUCUGGCAGCCCGCAACUGCAUGGUGGCCGACGAUCUGACGGUCAAGAUAGGCGACUUUGGUAUGACGCGGGACAUCUACGAAACGGACUACUACCGGAAGGGCACGAAAGGGUUCCUGCCCGUCCGAUGGAUGGCUCCCGAGAGCCUGAAGGACGGCAUGUUCUCCAGCAGCAGUGACGUAUUCAGCUACGGCGUGGUGCUCUGGGAAAUGGCCACGCUUGCCUCGCAACCUUACCAGGGUCUUACGAACGACCAAGUGCUGCGAUACGUCAUCGACGGUGGCGUCAUGGAGCGUCCGGAGAAUUGUCCGGACAAGCUGUACGAUCUGAUGCGCAUCUGCUGGCAGCACCGCGCAUCGGCCCGGCCAUCGUUCCUGGACAUCAUCAACAUGCUGCUGGUGCACUCCAACGACCGCUUCAUGCAGGUUUCGUUCUUCCACUCCCCGCCCACCAGUGACAGUAUCGCCCAACCGGGGCAAGGACUUUCGGACGACGUGACGGCACCGCUGCGUGCAAACGAAGAUGAUCUCGACGAAGACGACGACGAAGCCUACUCGAUCGAGAUGACGGACAGCCGGCUAAUGCAGAACAACGGGCCAAAGCCGGACAUUCGUUCACCACACUCCCCACAGAGGUGA